GAUUACUGUGGACCAGGUGCAGAAUGCACUGGGCUAAUUUGAUGAAUAUAGCGCAAGACUUGACAAUGGAGGAGAUGGUUAACCUGAUUGCAGACAGCUUGGCACUUAGGCGUAAGUUGUAACAAGAUUUCUGAAUCUUCUAACAGAAGUACUUGUGCAUCCAUCUUUCUAAACCAAAAUCAUCAGCAACUGUUCCAAUUUCUAUCAACCUUGUCGAUUCCCAAAACACUGCAAUAUGAGUUACCAGAGACCUCCGAACGACCCCUAUGCUCCACCAGGCUAUUCACUCCGCUAUCCACCACCACCACCGCCACCAUCGCCUGGGUUCCCAUCUGCGCCACCACCUCCGUACGAGGGUUACCCACCACCCCCGCCGCCACCUGGGUAUCCUUACCCUCCGCCUGGGCAACGCCCAUACGAGGGUUACCAGGGGUAUUUUGCGGAAGGGUAUCCUCCACCGCCACCUUAUCCUGGUCAGCCACAGUACUGCCACUACGAACACUAUCAUUACCAGAAUAAUGAUACUGGUUGCACUUCCUUUCUACAAGGCUGUUUGGCCGCAUUGUGUUGCUGUUGUAUGAUGGAGGAAUGCUGCUUCUUUAUAUAAUGGUUGCAUCAAGGACACGUUACCUUUAAUGCUUCUGGUUUCGCAACAUUUGUUGCUUCUUUAGUAAACUUGCUUUGAUCAGUUCUCCGUUAUGGCUCAGGAAUGUGGAUUCUAGUCGUUCUUGUUUUCUCUCGUUUUCAUACCAGUAGUAAUUCCAUGAUCUAUGCCCAGUUUAAUUUGAUAGUAUUUGGCUUUGAAUAUAUAAACAGAAUCCAUCUUUAUAAAUACAGUUUUUAUAUUCUUACCCUAUAAAA